CUUGCGAGAGUCCGUCCGCUUCUUGGGCAGCUUCUUGGUGACUUUAGUCAGUGACUGUGUUAACGCCUUGUGGAACGUGCCGCCCUUACGCGCAACCCACACCUCAGGCAUUCCACUGGCCUUAGACCAACUCAAGUCAGCUCGGGGUGAGUUUACGGUGUCGCUGGAUACAUCGCUAGGGGAAAUUGAAAUGAUCUGCCGGCUGCUGGAGGCUUUGCUCCCAGGGCAGAAACUCUCAAUUCUCUCAGUUCCCAGUCAUUCCAGGAUGCUUGGGAAACUAUUCUAAGCUCUAAUUUUAACCCUGAGCACAAGCAGGAAUGUUCUUCACUGACAACCAGGCACAAACCGCUGCAAUUCCCUCCUGCCGCGCCCAAACUCCCCCGUCACCAUUUUAUCUCCCAGUUUUGAGGAAUGGGCGGCGUCUAUAAUCAUUUGAGAAAAAGGCUGUGCUCAAAUUCACUUCCCAGUUUCAAUUUCCAGUUUCACUUUCAAGCAGCAAUUCCUCAAAAUCACGUGAUUCCAGAAGCUAUAAAAAUAUCUGAGGAGCCAAGUUUUAUCCAGUGUUCCACUGCAAUCAAACUCGGUACAACCCAGAUCAGCAUCAUGAGCAAGAAGGAUUCCUUGAAAGCAAAACUCAGUCUGCUUCAAUGUCACUUCACGUGGGCUCCACAGAAAGAAAACAUUGACUUGGAUGAUAUGAAGCAAAGAUUGGAAGAUACAAUAGAGACUGCUGUGAAGUAUCAAGCCAGGUCCUAUAAUCAACUCGCUUUUGUAAACUGUCUGCAAGGAAACUAUGAAAAGGCAAUUCAAAACCUGCAGGAAGCUGAAAGAUUUCUGAGGGAGAAUCAUGAAGAUGAAUUUGAAAAAAGAAGCAUCAUCACCUAUGGAAACUAUGCCUGGGUAUAUUACCACAUGGGACAACUGACAGAGGCUCAGUCCUACAUCGACAAGCUGGAGAGGAUUUGUAAAAUAUUUCAUAAUGCCUCUCGUUAUACAGCAAUGAUCCCUGAAGUAUAUGGAGAGAAGGGUUGGGCACUGUUGAUAUCGACCAGGAAGUAUUAUGAUGAGGCAAAGGAAUGUUUUGAAAAGGCUCUGGAGGAAGACUCUGAUGACAUUGAAUGGAAUGCUGGCUAUGCAAUUGUCCUGUUUCGUCUGGAGGGGUUUUCUGAUGCUCCAAAGAAUGCUGAUUCCAGUCAAUCAAUGAAGCAGUUGAGACGUGUGCUGGAGCUUGAUCCCAAUGACUCUGUUGCCAUGGUGCUGUUGGCUCUAAAUCUCCAAGAGUUCAAGCAAAAGGAGGAAGCCUUCACAUUAGUUGAACAAGCAUUGCAGAAGUCCCCCGAUCUCCCAUAUGUGAUUCGUUAUGCAGCAAAAUUUUUGAGAAGGGAAGGAUCUGUGGAAAAAUCUUUGGAGCUGUUGAAGAAAGCAUUGGAAAUUACCCCCAACUCUGCCUUCUUAUACCACCAAAUCGGUUUGUGUUACAAAAUCAAGCUGAUAUCACUGAUCAAAAAUCCACACAGCAGAAUCUCUAGAAAUGCUGCUUUUCAACAGAAAGCUGAAUUGAUUAAUCAAUGCAAGUACCAUUUUGAAAAGGCAUUUGAGCUUCGCCCAUUAACAUUUGUUAUUGCACAGCUAGAUUUUGCAACCAUCUGCUCAAUAAAUGGAGAAUAUAUCAAAACAGAGGAAAUUUACAGCAAACUACUGGAAAUAGAGGGUAUUCAUCCUGAUAAUAAACAGGCAAUACAUACACACAUUGGGUUAUUUGAACUGCAUCAAAAAAGAUCGGAAUCAAAUGCCAUCACACAUUUUCGGGAUGGACUUAAAAUCAAAAGUGGCUCAAAGGGAUGGCGUAUAUGUUGCACAAACUUGAGAAAGAUUGCAACGAAACAAAUUGACAGGAAUCCAGAAAACAGCAAGGCCUUUGGUCUUCUUGGAUUCAUGCACCAGUUGGAUGGGGAGAAGUGUGAAGCUAUUGAAUGUUUUGAAAAAGCAUUACAGAUUGAUUGUGACAAUGAAGAAUAUCUAAGUGCACUUUAUGAAUUACGUCUUUCUAUCUAGCUCAACAAUGAUGUUCCCAGCUAAAGCUAAAUACAGUGCAGUCAUUUCCACUUUGGUCCCAGUUAGGAACUUUGGUAUAAUGAUGCUUGAAAUUCUGCUGAUUAAGAUUACAGUUCAAGUUACUGCUGAACUGUGUUGCAUAAUUGCAAACAUGAAGUAUUGCGGUAACCAAUGUAUUGAGUCAGUGUAAUAAAAUGGAAUUGCCUUUUAUUCUUUUGCAUAAUAAAUAAUCAGUGAUACAUUGAA